UUUUUGAGGUUAUGCAUAUGUUCCGUCAGGUUAUGUUUAUCGUGUGUUGAUACCUAAAAACGCAAUAACAAAAAGCAAGAAACAUGUCUGUGUGGAAAAAGGCGGCGAAAGCCCACCAAAAAACUCACCGUGAGCGUCACCAACCAGACGAACGCAAACAUUUGGGAAUACUAGAGAAAAAAAAGGAUUACGUUCGAAGAGCACAGGAUUUCAACGAAAAGAAGGAAACGUUGAGGCUUUUGCGUAAAAGAGCGUUAAAUAAAAAUCCCGAUGAGUUUUAUCAUCACAUGCUUAAUUCCAAGGUGGAAUCUGGGCAACACUUUGAGAAAGAAACCGAAGACGAAGAUACCACCGAUCAAGUAAAGUUAAUGCAAACCCAGGAUUUAAAGUAUAUUACCAUGAAGAAAACCGAGGAACACAAAAGAAUAGAGAAACUACAAUCACAACUACAUCUAUCCAGCGUGGCCAAUAAAAUGCAAAACAAACACAUUUACUUCGACGGACCACUAAGCAAAAAGCAAAAAAAAAGACGUGAAAUGGAACAGUUGGCAACUAUGGAGUUACCCGAUGUUGAUUUGGAGAGUUUAGUUGAGAGUACACGGAAAAGGAAAGCUUUAUAUAACGAGUUAGGGAAGAGAAUUGAACGGGAAAGAGAGUUAUCGAUAACACAGCAAAAAAUCGAAAUUAAUAGACAUUUAGAGAGUAAAACAUGUUUGAAGCCCAAAAGGGUUAAAAAGGGUAGUAAAUUUAGUGCCCCUGUAUAUGAGUGGAAAUAUGAGAGAAAGAAGUAGACAAUAAACAUUUUUUU